AUGCUGCACUGGCAGUUCAGAUGGGCUCUGCCCUGGGCCUUUCUCCUGCUACUACUAAGUUCUCAACUCCUGGUGACUCACAGCUGGAGAUCCCAAGAGAAGGGGGACAAUAAUGAACAAAGGGACAUGGAACGUCAUUUCCCUGCCACUGUGGAGUAUGCCUUACACAUAUUCAACCUACAGAGCAAGGACUCAAUGGCCCACAGGCUGGUGCGCAUCCUGAAUUCCUGGAAGGAACAGGUAGAAGACAUCCUGACAUUCUCCAUGGAGAUAAAGCUUCGCAGAACUGAAUGUGAGAAAUUUGAUGAAGACAUUGACAACUGUCCCUUUCAAGAAAGUCCAGAGCUGAACAAUACCAUCACCUGCUUCUUCACCAUCAGCACUGAGCCCUGGAGGACAAAGUUUGAACUCCUGAACAAGACCUGCUUGGAGGGCUUCCUUUGA